UAUGCCUGAACGUGGAUCAGCGCAAAGCAGUUAUCUGCCGGAACGUGGAUCCACGCUCUCCGACCAGCAGACAAUUUUUUAUAAUUUUCUCUCAUAAAAACGAUGCAGAAGUGUCAAAAUCGCUUGCGUCCUUGAAUGAAUGAAUGUACCAAAUUCUCUUAUACCUGUCUUUAGUUCAGAAACUUGUUCAUUCGUGUCACUGAAUACUCGACUUCGUUGAGAACUAAGUGUUUGAUUUUUUGUAAUUACUGGACACAAUGGAAUCAAAUGUGAGGAAUACUACACCACCUGAGUGGGAAGCAACUCAACCCAUUGUGGGUAUGGAAAUACAGAUUUCGCCCAACGGUUCUUUGUAUGCACGACCUGAUAAAACCGUAUAUAUGGAAAAAUCCCUAUCCGGAUCAUUACAUGUACUGAGAACGACAGCCAAUGUCGAAGAAUCCUCUGAACGACCUCGAAUCCGGAGGAGGUUAGAUUUAAAUUCUUCACCUGAUCUUGACGCUCCUGGGCCCUCAAAUGAGGUUGGCAGCCAAUUACUGAGAACAAAAGCCAAUGUCGAAGAAUCCUCUGAAGCACCUCGAAUUUGGAGGAGGGUAGAUUUAAAUUUUUCACCUGAUCCUGACGUUCCUGGGCCCUCAAAUGAGCCAGUGCGGAAUGUGGCAAGAGAGUCUUACGAGAUGCAGCAACUCAGAAUGUUAAAUUUUGAAGAUGAAAGCGAUUCUGUUUCACCUAUACCCUCUCAUGAGGUCGUAAAUACAUAUCUGACGUCUGAACUAGCUGAGGCUUUGGCAGUCGAUUCAGGAAGUGAAGAUGACGAAGAAGACGAUCUUGAUGAAAAUGAUUUACGCAGGAUUUUGGAAAUAGAAGAAGAAGGGGAAGAAAUAGAAGAAAGAGGGGAAGAGGAAGUUAUGUUAAAUUAUGAUUUCACGUGGUCUCAAAAUUUCGAAGAAUUUACUGGUACAGAAGAGAGAUUUGAAGUACAGCCAGGACCCACAGUGCAGGAAGAUACUCCAAUUAAAAUAUUUAAAUCCAUCUGGGAUAGGUCUGUAAUGGAAAAAAUUGUCAAAGAAACUAACUACUACGCAUGGCAAAAAAUUGCUGCUGCCGCCGAAGUCGAGGAUGGUAUUAAACCUAAAUCCCGUCUCUAUCAGUGGGAAGACACAACAGUAGAGGAGUUAUACAAAUUUUUCGGAAUUAUGAUUUAUAUGGGAAUAUGCUACAGAAGCAGAAUUGACGAGUACUGGACUACAGGCAUACUAGGCAUGCCAGAAUUUAGAAAGCUAAUGAGCAAAAACAGGUUCCUCUUACUGUUACGGUUUUUACAUUUUGUUGACAACGAUGAACUCGGUCCUAAUAUUCGCGGGUAUGAGCGAAAGGUAUCUAAAGUUGUUAAUAUUGUGGAACACUGCAACAAAAAAUUUGGAGAAAUAUACAGGAUAUCAAGACAAAGUGGAGGAGGUGUAAAAAGAAAAAUUGCUGUCACAAAAUAUUCUUCGAGUAAGCGUCCAUGUUCUCAAGAGCCUUCAACAUCUGCUGCGGUGGUAACAACGAACCCAAUACAGGAAGAAACAACUACAUCUGUGUCUGUCAUACAAGUUGUGCAGAAAAGUUUGAAACCCCCAAAUUGA